ACAGACUUGAUGCAGCACGCCAUAUGCCGACGGAGUUGAUAGAAAGUGGUGAUGAGUAGAAACGUUCGUUAGCUAGUAAACAAACAAAAACACAUGCACAUUUAACCAGAAUAGGGCUGUAAAUAGCUGGGCGUUGACAAAGGGACCCGUUCACAUCUGUAAUGUUUUAAGGCUGUUUUUACAUUCAGUAUUUUGCUUCAGGUAUAACAAUGACCAGCUAGCUUGGUAACCGCUGCCUGCUUAACGUUUUUGCUGCUUGUUUUUACUGUUCGGACGUGCUGUUGUUUAAAAAGGGAUUAAGAAAGGGACCGUGUCUGGGGAAAACGCAAUGUCAGUGUUUUGCGCAAGAGUAACGUUACAUCACCAGAAGAAAAGCGGGGCGACCAGAUUAUUGUGGUCCCUCCUCGGAGCCUGUUUUUUCUCCGCUGUUUUGGGGUACCGACCAGUGAUCAUUGUCCAUGGACUAUUCGACAGCUCCGGCGAUUUUGUAAAUUUGCAAAGAUUUAUAAAUCAGUCUCACCCAGGCACAAAUGUGUCAGUGAUCGACCUGUUUGACAGAAGCGCCAGCCUACAGCCGCUAUGGAAACAGGUGGAGGGGUUCAAGGAGGCAAUCUAUCCCAUAAUGCAAAAUGCUGCUGAUGGCGUCCACCUCAUUUGUUACUCUCAAGGCGGUCUGGUGUGCAGAGGCAUUCUGUCGACCCUCUCGGACCACAAUGUCCACUCUUUCAUUUCGCUGUCCUCACCUCAGGCUGGCCAGUAUGGAGACACGGAUUACCUGAAGUACCUCUUUCCUUCCUUUGUCAAAUCAAACCUGUUUCACUUCUGUUACACAUCUGUGGGUCAAAGAAUAUCCAUCUGCAAUUUCUGGAAUGAUCCUCAUCACAGAGAUAUGUAUAUCAACAGCAGUGACUACUUGGCACUGCUGAACAACGAGAGAUCGAACCCCAAUGCUACCCAGUGGAAAAACAACUUUCUUCGCAUGAAGAAGCUCGUCUUAGUUGGCGGGCCAGAUGACGGAGUCAUCACUCCGUGGGAGUCAAGUCAGUUUGGAUUUUAUGAUGAAAACGAAACUGUUGUUGAAAUGAAGAACCAGGAGGUGUACCUGCGGGACACGUUUGGCCUGAAGACGCUGCAGGCUCGUGGGGACGUGGUCCUAUGCGCAAUGGCUGGCGUCCAGCACGUCUACUGGCACUCCAACCAAACGGUGUUCACUACCUGUAUGGAGAAAUGGCUGACCUAAGGCUCGUCUUCCUCUCGGGUACCAUGAGGGUUAGACACACGGCCCGAUCCGACCCUUAUAACUCAACCAACCCACCCAACCACCCAGCCACUCACUUACUCUCUCACCCCUGUGCCUUUUCCGUCAGAGAGUGAGAUGCACACAGUCAAUGCAAGACGAGGCAAGAAGACGUGGUAUAUUUUUCAGCAGAAUUUCACAUAUACAAAUACAGUAUAUUUGAACGUGUUUUUUGUUUUGUUACGACAAACAACAAAAUGAAACAAACUUAUGUCCUCACCCUAUGUGUGGAAAAGCGCUACACGUUCAAUCAACUUUACACUUCCUACUACAGUUUACUCCGCACACAAACAUCUUUUUUACCAUUUGUAAAUGUGUGCCUAUGUGUGAUCCAUAUAGAACGACUUAGUCUAUGAAUCAUUGUGCCUGAGAAGACUUCUGCUGUCUCAAUGCAAGCAUCGAGUCUAAUUCGAGGUUUUACUUCAUGCUCAAUCAUGUCAUGAAUAUAUAUAUAUUUUUAAUUAUUAUUUUAUUUUGCUUUUAAAGCAUGUUAGCUCACGUAUGCAGUAGAAAUCAUGCCUUAAAUGUUCAGUCAUCCGUAAGAGUUACAUUUAAACCGAAAGUGCUACACUGGUCCUGAGUACACCUUUGGCAUCAUGCUCUCUUGAGCAUGAAAAUCUAGUGUAAAUUUGAUUAUACUAUACCAUUCCCGUGAUUAAGUUACAUAUGAAGUCACCAGCCGCUGGCAAACACACACUGACUUUUUGCCCAAAGAGUGCAACUUCUAACUGCUUGUGCCCCUGUGCCACCCCUAGUGUCACACCCCUGAGGGACAGUAAAGUGAAAUAGAGAAUAGAACUAUAAGAAAGGGACAGGUGGAAUAGAACUAUAAGAAAGGGACAGGUGAAAUAGAACUAUAAGAAAGGGAAAGGUAGAAACUCAUUAAAGGGAAAAGUGUUCUUAGGAAUUAUAGGGCAAUGCUAGACUGACAUUCAUCUGUACCGUUGUCUUAUGUGUUCCAUGCCGUGACAUACCUCUCAUUGAAACUAGUAGACACACACACCUCAGGCCAGGGCUCAAAAUCUAUUUUAUGUGGAGACGAGUCUGGCAAGAGUUGACAAGCUGUUUUAUUAUUUCAUCUUUGUAAUGUAUUUUAAUGUUGUUGUAGUGUGUGUGUGUGUGUCUGUUUAUGUAUGUGUGGGUGUGUGACUGUGUCUGUGUGUGUGUGGGUAAGAGAGAAAGAGGGAAAAAGGGACUUAAAAGGGAAAAGUGAAGUCCGUACUUGCACAAAAGGGUAUGGAGUGUAAAUGUCUAUUUGAAAGCUAUCCUUUAGGAUUGAAAGGAAAUAACCUUCUCAUGUAGAUAUUUUAUUAAUCAUGGCAGUAUUGUGUGUGUGUUAAUUUAUCUACUUGUACUGUGUAAUGCUUGUUUAUUUCUCUGCUUUUGAAAAAAAAAAGAAAAUAAGUUUUAAUUUAUGUUUAUGUAGUCUAGUUUGCAUAUCUUUUAUCUUCUUCUACUGUUCUUACUAUUAUUAUUUUAUUUUUAAAGAUCAAUUGGUCAGUGGUAGACCAUCUGAACUUUCAUUCAGAAAAAAAGACAUUUAGUCCUUGAUCUAGAUUGGCCAAACAAACCCAUUUCUCUUAUCGUUGUUUGAGGUUAUGUUAAGGUUUCCUUUCCUCAUGCUUCUCCUUAAUUUGGACAAAUGAUUCACAGACUGAUGAUUGUCCAAUUUUGUUGUGUGUGUUAUUAUCUAUUAUUGUGUCACUUAGCCUAGAGUGGUCCUGAAGGUCAGGGUUUCUUUUUUUUUUUCUCUGACCAUAAAUGGUAGUAGUUUAAAUGUGAGAGAACAAAACAAAACAUUUUGUUAAGCUUGUAUCACUUGUUAUACUGGCUAUAUAUUUUCUAGCUUGGUUUCAGUUAAUACACUCUUAGGAAAUGUGGGAUUGUCUAAAGCUACCAAGGUCUCACUGCCCUGUGACAUUUGAACCCAUAGAUGCCAAGGAGAACUGUUAAGGACUUUAUCCUUUUAAUAUUAUUUUCCAAAUGGAAGAAGCAUGUUUCAUUUUUUGCAAACAAUGUCAACAGACAUCCCUUCCAUUUAAAGUUUGAAACCUUGAAAGAAACCUAUCCUUUUUAGAUUGUGUUUUUCUAUUGAAAACAUUUUACCAAUGUGCUUUACAGUUUGUACUUGAAGAUAUCUGUGUCCUAAACAUGUGUUUGUAUAUUUUAAAUGGAACAUUGUUUUCCCUCAGAAUGUUGUUAAUGUCUGCUCUUCUAAAUAAAAGGCAGUUUUAUUGA